AUGGAUAUCAAUUCACUCCUUUCGCCGCAAGAUGCGAAUGCACAAUCCGGGCGCUCAACCCCUGCUACAGGCUCCUCGUCCUCCGGCGCCGCCUCCGCUCCUCCGCCCGGGCCAGCCCAUAAACCUCUACGCAAAGCUCGCGCUGGUGCUAACCGACCCGGUAUGACCUCGUCACCGCUCGCGCAACAAGUCUACGCUCCGCCUCGGGUACCAGAACCUUCUCCGCCCGCGUCGAUGAGUCCUGCUGUCGGCCCUACCUCUGGAGGUGGAAACGGAACGCCCCCAGAAAGUCGACAGCCGUCUACCCCGGGGAUGGACACCCUUGCAGACCUCGCCUCGAUGCAGCAGCAUCAACCCUCGCGACCGAGUGCUGCUAUCCUCCGAGCGGAGUCGUACGAAAGCCAGCUUUCUCCUUCUACAAUGUUUCCAAAUGUCAACCAGGUCUCGCACAAUACUCCAACUCCGCGAUCGUCUUUUGAUAUUGCUAUGUCCGAUGGUCCAAGAGACAGCGCCCGGAGAAACUACGCAGAAUCUUCAUUGCUACCCGACGCGCGCCGGAUGGCGACCGAACUUUUCGCUCGAAUCCAUGUUAACCCUCAAUCCUACGAAGCCCAUGUGGACUUUGUCCGUCUCUUACACACCGGAUUCAUCAAUCACGUGUACCCCCCGAAUAACCCCGAUAUCCAUGGCGAACCUCGAAAGUACGAUCUGCUGAAGGACAUGAGGACUGCUCGAGAGGAGAUGGACAAGCUUUUCGCCAUGGGUGAAGACCUCUGGGCAGAGUGGAUUCAGGAUGAAAGUAUGCUGGCGUCGUCGGUAGAAGAACGCAUUGCAGUGAUGGAGCUCUGCCAACGAUCGAUCGAAGAAGAAUACGGCAGCACCAAGCUCUGGGCGAUAUACGGCGAAUGGGUGUUAUACCUCUACAACUCCGCACACGGUGAUUCAAAUCAAAGUCAGUGGUCGGAGGAAGAUCGGCAAGUUGGCCGAGAGGUCUUCACCUGGCAGACUGUCCUGGACACGUGGCAGAGGGGCGCCGACGCGACAAGAUGGAGGAUUCAUGACAGCCAGCUUGUUUGGGAUCGGUACCUCGAAUUUCAGGUGCGAGAUCUGUCGCAGAAUCUUUCGCAGGAGAGCGUCUCGCGAGUGCGAGAGCUAUUUGAUAUUCGACUGCAGACCCCCCACGCCACGUGGGAUCAGACAUUCCAGGCCUUCUCGGGAUUCAUCUCAAAUUACUACAAUGCCAACUACGAGGGUAUCAUGGCAGAAACAGCAGGACGGUAUGCCACUUCGGUCAAGGAGCAGUAUAACGCCCGCGAGGAUUUCGAAAUUCGUCUCCGCAACGCGACCGAAUCUGGUGACCGCGCGCAAGAGUGGACAUUAUUUUGCGAGUAUAUUGAAUGGGAGCUGAACCGCAAUCGCCGUCGCCGCAGCUCGAACUUUCACCUGGUGAACGCCGUGUAUCAACGCGCGGUCCUGCGGUUUCCGACCGAUGCGAGAAUGUGGGAGGAUUAUAUCAUGUUUCUUAUCGACGAAUCUACACAUGGCAAUGUGCACACUACGACAAUCUCCGCGCUCGACCGUGCGACCCGGCACUGCCCAGGCUCCGGAACGUUGUGGUCGCAGUACCUGCUUAGCUCCGAAAGAGAAGGACAGUCUUUUGCUAAGAUCGCGGAUAUCAAACACAAGGCGACAAGCACAGGUCUGCUUGAUGUCGGUGGAAUGGAAGAGGUGCUCAAGGUACACACAGAAUGGUGUAGCUAUCUUCGACGAAGGGCUUUCUUGUCAGAUGCCACGGACGAGGAUCUGGAUGUAGCCGAAGUCGGAAUCCGCUCAGCUAUUGAAAGCGUCCAGGAGCUUGGAGAAAAGAAGUACGGCCGCUCUUAUGAAGGUGACCCACUAUUCCGCCUUGAGCGUAUUUACAUCCGAUACCUGAGCGAGAGUGGCAGCUGGGACAGUGCGCGAGAAACAUUCAAGGGUCUUGUGGGACGCCGCGGUAAUAGCUAUGAGUUCUGGCUUACGUACUACCACUGGGAAUUGAUCUCUUGGAGCAAGUUUGUCCAGGGUGAGGCGACAGUGGACGCCGCUCGCCGGACCCCAAAUCCUAGCUUUGCGACAGCUGUGCUCAAGCAAGCCAUCAAGCGUACUGAUCUUGAUUGGCCGGAAAAGAUCAUGCAGACUUAUGUUGCUCAUUGCGAGGACUACGAGGACUCGGAGGAAUUACAGCUCGCUAUUCUGGAGACCCGCAAGGCCUUGAGAGCCAUUACCGCUCGCCGAGAUCGUGAGGCUCGCGAAGCCGCAGCUAUACAGGCUCAGCAGGCAGCGGCGGCAGCAGCAGCACCCUCAUCAGAAACUCCGCAGUCUGAAAAGCGGAAACGCGAGGAAGAGUCGGCUGUGAAUGGCCUGCCGACGAAGAAAGCGCGAGCUGAGGAGUCGGCACCGGUUGCUGAAACCGAGCCGGUGGCGCUUCGUCGUGACCGUGAGAACUCUACCAUUGUUGUCAAGAACCUGCCCAGGAACAUCGCCGAGCUCAAAUGCGGUACAAUCAACAGUGUGAAGAUGCUGCCCGGCGAGGACGGCAACUCCGAAGUGGCUAUGAUCGAGUUUAAUACUAGAGACGACGCUGUGGCUGCACAAACUCGGGAUCAGAAGAUCAUCGAUGAGCACACAAUAGAGGUGCAUUUCGGCUCCGAGACCACCUUGUUUGUGACCAACUUUCCACCAACAGCCGAUGAGAAGUACAUUCAAGAUUUGUUUAGUUCUCACGGCGAAAUUGUGGAUAUUCGCUUCCCCUCUCUCAAGUACAAUACGCACCGCCGAUUCUGUUAUGUGCAGUUCAAAACCUCUGCAGGUGCUCACAGUGCCACAAAGCUGGAUGGGUCUACAGUCGGCAACGGCCUGCACCUGGUCGCCAAGAUAUCGGAUCCCACACGCAAACAAGACCGCCAUGGCCCUAUAUAUGAAGGGCGUGAGGUUCACGUUUCGAACGUCGACUGGAAAGCCAAUGAGCAGGAUCUCAAGGAACUCUUUGAAAGAUUUGGCACCGUAGAAUUGGUUCGCAUACCGAGAAAGGUCGAUGGAGGCAGUAAAGGAUUUGGUUAUGUCGUUUUCAGUUCAAAGGAGGAAGCUAAUGCGGCGCUUGCGCUGCAUGAGCAAGAGUUCCGGUCUCGUCCUCUCCAAGUGAGGUUGUCUGCUCCGCAAGGUGCAAAACGUACUGCGGCGACUGUCGUCUCACGGGUGGGAAAGUCUCAGUCUCCUGCACCGGAGACCAACGGUGCUUCCCCCUCCGGCGAUCUAGAAGAGCCAACCGGCGAGCGACGAGACCGCACUCUUGGCCUGAUGAAUGUCCCUGAUACCGUGAAUGACGCACGGAUCCGAGCCCUCGUCGAGCCAUACGGAAAACUCGUGAAGGUUGUGCUACGACCCGAUCACCAAGGAGCGAUUGUUGAAUUUGCGGAUGUGAACCACGCGGGAAAAGCUGCUCUCGAGUUGGAAGGCCAGGAGAUUAGCGCUGGGCGAAAACUUCACGUCGGUACCGUGUCGGAGAUGCUCAAACAGUCUGCCGAGAAGCGGAAUCAAGGGCUCGGACCAGCGUCAAAAGCCAAGUCAAAACCAGGAAGUGCUUUCCUUGCUCCGACGGCACCGAUCAAACGACCUCCACAACCCGGCGGACGCAACGGAAAGCGUGGUGGAUUGGGGGUAAAGCGUGGGAUCCCGCCCAUGACUACUACGAUAGCAACGACAACUACAAACGCAAACACCUCUGGCGAAGGGGACAGGAGCCAAAAGAGCAAUGAUGAUUUCCGUGCCAUGAUCCAGCGGAGUCAGGGAGAAUCAUAA